UUAGUCAAGGUGCUGCUAUUGUUGGUUGAAUAUUAAAAAAAAAUGUUUUCAUUUAUACCUUCUCGCAUAAAAUAGAGUUUUUCUGAUAGUUUCACAGCAUAAAGUUAUUUAAAAAAAUGACAAAUUUAGAUAGUUCCUUAGACUCUGUUUUAAUCCAACUUGGUGAUUUUGGAAAAUAUCAGUCAUUUAUUUUUGGAUUAGUUUGUUUCGCUACAAUUCUACAUUCAGGAGCUUAUAUUGCUUUUGUGUUUACUGCUAUGGAUGUUGAAUACAGAUGUGAAGUUCCUAAAUGUGAUAGAGAAAAUUCUCAUUUUGACCCUCCGUGGAUUCAAAAUGCUGUCCCAUUUAUUGGUGCUAUUCCUGCGAAAUGUAUGAGAUACGUAGUUAAUAUCACAGACGAUCUUGCAAACUGUACAGAAGAAAGCGUUUUCAUGACAACAAAAUUGGAAAAAUGCAAUAAGUUUGUGUACAAGACAAGGGAAAAAAGCAUUUUACAUGAGUAUAACCUUCAUUGCGACGAGAACGUAUGGAAGCUAGCAUUAGUUGGCACCGUUAACAACAUGGGCCAAUUUCUAAGCAUGUUUUUUUCGGGAAUCAUAUCUGAUAAGUUUGGUCGUAAGGUCGUAUUUGUAUUAGGCCUAAUAUUCUGUAGCAUCUGUGGAUUAAUUCGUACACAAGCUCCUAGUUAUGUUUGGUUUUUAGUAUUUGAAUUUCUGGAUGCUGUUUUCGGUGCAGGCAGUUACGUUUGUGGAUUUAUCUUAGGUGUUGAAUUGGUUGGACCAAAACGAAGAGUCUUAAUAAGCACACUACUGAGCUCUUCGUACACUUUAGGAGAAGUUUUCGUAGCUGGUUUGGCCUGGAUCUUUCAAGAUUGGAGGCAUGUUAUAAAUGGUCAUGUAAUCAAGCAAUUAAACAUAAUCUCCAGGCUCGUUAACUACUUUUUGUACACUCCUCCAUUGUUCUUAUUUGUGUAUUUCUGGAUAAUUCCAGAAUCAAUUAGAUGGAAUUUGAGCAAAGGCAAAACAGACGAUGCUAAAAACACAUUAAGACAAGUAGCAAGCGUAAACGGCAAAGAACUAUCGGAACAUUCGUUAGAGAAACUCUUCAAAGUGAGCCAAAUCGAGUCCAAUGAUUCUUUUUUUGAUGUGUUCAAGACUCCAAUUUUGAUUUGUCGGCUUGUUGUUUGCUUCUUUUGUUGGAUGACAUGUUCCUUUCUUUUCUUUGGCCUGACAUUGAAUUCAGUGGGCUUGGCGGGAAAUAAUUACUUGGAUUUUAUUUUAACUUGUCUGGUAGAAAUUCCAGCAUAUUUUGCUUGCAUCUAUAUUGUGGACAGAUUAGGAAGAAGGUGGUCACUAAGUGGCUCGUUCUUCAUAACCGGGAUUUCCUGUUGUGUUUACACAUUUAUUCCAGCAGGUUUUUCAAAUUUAAGUCUUACUCUGUGGUUGUUGGCAAAAUUUGGCGCUACGGCAGCUUAUACGGUGAUAUUUGUUGUAACAAGCGAAUUAUUUCCGACAUCGUUACGUCAUUCUUUAGUAGGAGCAUGUUCUACUUUUGCGACAAUUGGUUCAAUGGUGGCUCCCCAAACUCCUUUACUGGCCAAAAUUUGGGAUCCAUUACCUGCGAUAUUGUAUACUAUCAUGGCUGUGAUAGCGGGGUUUUUAACGCUCCUCUUUCCAGAAACUGUGGAUGUGACAUUACCAGAUACAAUUGAAGAAGCUGUACGUAUAGGAAAAAGUAAAAGACAUAUCUGAAGGAUCAGUUGUCUUUGAAAUGUAGAUAGUACUUUAAAAUUGUAAAUAAAAGAAAUAUUAAGUAACCAUGUUUUAUGUUUUGUUAGAGUACUUAUUAUA